CGUCCCAAGAAUUUAGUGAAGCAUGUUUAAAGUGCAACCAGGAAAUUUGGAUAAUAUUGGUAUGGUACAUUAGCUGGUGUCAAUGUGUUCCUAGUUGCCUACUUAAAAUGAUAUUAUGAAAAUAAAUUAAAGUUCUCAGUAUUAUUGACACUGCCGUAUUGCAAAAGACAGUAAAUCCAGUGGCCUAGGUAAGGGCCUUGUGGGUCAAGUGGAACUUAGCUUUUGAUUUGCUGCUUAAGAGAAUUGACAGAAUGAGUGGGCUAGACUUUGAUAAGUGUGUCAUUGGAGUAGACGUUGGAGGAACUAAUACAGAUGCUGUCGUCUUGUACGGUGACCGCAUACUGGGAUCAGCAAAGGAACAUACAACAAAUGAUGUGACGACCGGAGUCAAAAAAGCCAUGAAAUCUGCUCUAAAAGAUGCCGAAAACACUGGUAGUUACUCAAUAGCUCAAGUUAACAUUGGUACUACACAUUUCGUCAAUGCUGUCGUACAACGGCAAGGCUUAGCGAAAGUUGCCGUCAUCAGGUUAUGCGGGACAGCUUCCAAGGCCUUACCGCCGUUCAGUGACUUCCCCGAUGAUCUUCGCAAGGUUAUUGAAGGACCUACCUAUUUGGCAAAUGGAGGAUUCCAAGUUGAUGGUCGGCCAAUUACAACUGUUGAUGAAAGUGAGAUAAACCGCUACACUGAGGAUAUCAAAGCUAAGGGACUAGUCCAUAUUGCAGUCUGUGGGGUAUUUUCACCUGUAAACCAAGAGCAAGAAAACCUGGUUGGUGAGAUAAUUAUGAAACAUUUUCAAGAUGCAGAAAUCACAUAUUCUCAUAGAGUUGGACAGAUGGGUCUCUUAGAACGUGAGAAUGCUGCUAUUCUUAAUGCAUCCCUGAAACCUCUCUGCCAACAAACUUUGCAAGCAUUAGCAACAGCGUUGCUGGAUAUCGGAUUAACAUGCCCUUAUUAUUUGACCCAAAAUGAUGGUACAAUUAAAAGUGCAGAACAGACUAAGAACUUUCCUGUUCAUACGUUUUCAUCAGGCCCUACCAAUUCCAUGAGAGGUGCUGCUCUCCUCUCAGGCAUAAAAAAUGCGGUAGUAAUCGACAUUGGUGGGACAACAACUGAUAUAGGAUGCUUGAGACAUGGCUUCCCUCGUGAGGCGUCCAGUCAUGUCCAAAUAGGAGGCGUAAGUACCAAGCUUCGGAUGCCGGAUGUGAUGAGUAUCGGCCUUGGAGGAGGAUCUAAGGUGGUUUUCAACAGAACAGAAGAGGGUGAUAUUACAGAAUGUAAAGUCGGUCCAGAGAGUGUUGGGUAUAAAUUGGCCAAAGAAGCCUUGGUGUUUGGUGGCACCACACUGACCACUACUGAUGUAGCUGUUGCUGCUGGACUGGUCAAGCUUGGAAAUAGGCAAAAAGUGGAAAACUUAGAGGAAGACAAAGUCUCAAAAGUAAUAGAAGUUAUGAAAGAUAUGAUUGAAAAUGUUGUGGAUCAAAUGAAAUUGAGCAAAGAAGACUUGCCAUAUGUUUUAGUCGGUGGAGGCAGUAUUUUGUUAAAUGAAAAUCAACUUUUAGAGGGCGCUACAACAGUUAUCAAACCACCUCAUUAUCAGGUUGCUAACGCAGUCGGUGCUGCUCUGAGUCAGGUCGGUGGCGUGCGGGAUACCAUUGUAAAUCUAACAAACAUCAGCCGAGAAGUUGCGGUUGAAGAAGCGAAGAAAGCUGCAAUUAACGAAGCUGUUAAGAACGGUGCUGACAUCGAUACAGUUAAGGUAACUGAAGUAGAAGAGAUCAGUCUCACCUACAUAUAUGGUUGCACACGUAUAAAGGUUAAAGCAGUCGGCGACUUGAUGCAAACACAGCAUGUGGUGGGGAGCCCUCAGCCCACACAUACUCCUCCAUCAGAGGUAGCAACUGACAUGCAAACAACUGAAGGUGAAUCGCUGAUAAAAGUACCAAAAGUGGAUCCUGGAAAACAACAUGAUAUGUCAGAUAACAAGAAGGAAGAUGCAUCCCUGCCAGCUGUUGACAAGGAAACAGGAGAAUGGCAUUUAUCUGAAUAUGACAUUGAGUGUAUAAGUGUUGGUGCCGGAAUCUUGGGAUGUGGAGGAGGUGGCAGCCCUUAUCUUGGACGCCUCCAUGCCAUGAAACUCCUCAAGCAGGGAAAGAAAAUCAGAGUAAUUGCUCCAGAGAGGUUGGGAAUCGGGAAGGUUGCUGUUUGCGGAUUUAUGGGAGCACCUGGGGUGAUAGCGGAGAAGUUGGUUAGUGGCGAGGAGAUGAUCAAUGCAAUACAUUGUCAACAAAGUCUGAUAACAGCUUCAAAUGAAGGGUCAUGGAAUACCAAAGAUAUUGAUAUCAAAUCCGGAGAUGGAAUUAAGUACAUAGAAGAUUACUGCGCUCAUAAGUCCGGAGAAGAGUUGGUUUGUAAUGCAGCAGAUAAAAUAGUUGGUUUGAUGAGUGCUGAGAUUGGAGGGAUGAACGCUAUGGAACCCCUUGUGAUUGGUGGACUCCUUGACCUUCCAGUGGUCGACUGUGAUGGCAUGGGUCGUGCUUUUCCUGAACUACAGAUGUUUGUUCCUUCAAUAUAUGGGAAGUCUUUGGUUCCAAGUUGUCUGGUUGAUGAUAAAGGACAGCGAGCCGUGAUACUGGAGGUAGAAGAUGCAAAGAAGCUUGAGAACCAUUUCCGCCAAACAACUAUUUCCAUGGGUUGCUCAGCUGCAGUAAGUUUUAAUCCUCUCAGCAAGCAAGAGAUUUUGGAUAAGAGUGUCCUAUAUUCAUUGAGUAGAGCUCGUAACCUUGGGGACAAAGUUUUAUCUGCUACAUCAUCACCUCUGGAAGCUAUUCUGACGCAAGAAAAUGGAACCCUACUGAUAAUUGGCAAGGUUUCUAACGUUGUACGAAUAAAUAAAGGAGGAUUCGACAAAGGAAAUGUAACUAUUGAGGGCGCUUUAGAGUGGAGUGAAUGUACAUUCAGCAUUGAAUUCCAGAAUGAAAACUUGUUGGCAAGAAUGUCUUCAAGUCAAGUCAAAGAGAAGACUGUUGCCACGGUUCCUGAUCUUAUUUGUAUUGUAGACUCGGACAGUGGCCAACCUAUUCCAACUGAUGAAAUACGCUAUGGACUGCGCGUUGCGGUUCUGGUAAUACCAGCAGCUCCGUGUCUUAAAACUCAGCAAGCAUUAGAAAUUGUUGGACCGAGAGCAUUUGGUAUCCAGGAAGACUUUCUACCAAUUGGAUCUUACAAAACACCUUUAUCAAUUCCUAUGAAAUAAUAAAGUGUUGUUAUGUUGCUUUUUUUAUGUUUAUGUUUCCAUAUUCCAUUAUUUGCUUGUUUAUAUUUUUUAUUCAGGAAGACUUUCAACCAAUAGGAUCCAGACGCGGAUCCAGGAUUUUCCCUGACCUUCGCACAGAUAGGGUGAUCCUUGCUGUGGUAGAUCCAGGAAAUAGAAUUAGAGGGGGCCCAGAGAGCUAUCUUCGCAGAUAGACACCUCAGCCCCACAGUGGUUGGGGCUGAGGUAAGACAAAUUAGAUGGCCAGAAAUGGCACUCUCAGAAUUUGAAUAUAUUUUUAUAUAAUUUUUUUCUGCAUUCUUAAAAAUAAUUUUGAAAUAUUUACAGGGGCCCAGGCCAGCUGGGUUCCCCUUGAAUCGGCUACUACAUGGGGGAAUCCCCUAACUCUAGGUGAUCUACGGUUUUAAAACAAAUAUUUCUAAUUACAGCAUUUCUAUAAGAAGAUAAACAGAUUCUUUAAACUACAAGGAAGUUUUAAACAAUAAUUAAGCCAAAUAUAUUUUCAUUCGUUUUGUUGUUCAUGUGAAUCUUUGAUUGGUUAUUACCUUAAAACAAUGCUAAAAACACACAGUGUCAUUUUUAGUGUUGGGUUAAUUACACUGACUACAUUAAUAUAAAAUAAGGUAUAGGGCACUGCCGCUGAAAUCAAACCAAAUUAAUUUUUGUUAAUCUGUAUAAUUAAGUAAGUUCAAAAUAAGUGUGAAGUAUGAUUGUUGUAAAAAUGGUCAACAUUUUAUUUUUAUUUCUCACCUUGACCUUUGCCAUGCGAACGGAGCGAGGGUCUGGAUCCGCACCUGGGAUUUUCAAUUUACAAAACAGCUUUAUUAAUUCCUAUGGAAUAGUAAAGCGUUACAUUAUGUUCAUUUAUUUUAUGUUUAUGUUUCCAUAUUACAUUUAACUUGUUAUCAUUUAUAUCCAGAAAAAACUUUCAACCAGUAGGAUCUUACAAAACACAUUUAUUAUUUCCUAUGAAAUAGCAGGGGUGGAUUUAGGGGGG